GAUUUAGCUGGUGUAUCGUGAGAAAGUCACUAUCGAAAUGGUACUGACUUCAUUUAUGGGUAUAUAGGCACAUCGCAAUCCGAGCUAUAUCGCUCUCUUAGAUUACCCACUGUUCUGAUUGGAGACUCUAAGUUGGGAGGUAUUUCUACCACCGUUACCUCUUACGAAUCCUUGCAGAUGCGAGGCUACGAUAUACCAGAGAUUCUUCUCUUCAAUGACAAAGCAUGGAAUAAUCAUGAAUACCUUGUUAAGCGAUUCAAAGACGAAGCCGAUGUAUCUACCGUACCGCUUCCACCAGCGCAAUUGGAAGAUCCAGUCAAGGAAUUGGAGUCGAUGAAGAAGUACUAUGAGCAAGUGGACGAACAUCUUCACCCGGUGAUUGAACGACUGGAUCGCAAACAUCAAGAAAGAUUUGAGCGCUUGGAAACCAUGGCACAGAAAUCGCGUGAUGUUUUCUGGUGGCCAUUUACACAACAUGACAUGGUAAAGGAAGUCACGGUCAUUGACUCAGCUUACAAUGAUCAUAUGUAUACCUAUGCUCCCGAAGCUCCUGGUAAAAAGGAAUUGCAACCUAAGGAAAUGUUCGAUGCAUGCGCUAGUUGGUGGACACAAGGAUUGGGCCAUGCAAAUCCUAAACUAACUCUCGCUGCUGCCUAUGCUGCUGGUCGUUAUGGACACGUCAUGUUCCCUGAGGCCACAAAUGAACCCGCCUUGAAGUUGGCGGAAGCGAUGUUGGAACAAAAUGAUUGGGCUCAACGAGUCUUCUUCUCCGAUAACGGUAGUACCGCAAUGGAAGUCGCCAUCAAGAUGGCUAUCCGGUCCACGACGAUUCGUUACGGAUGGGACGAUAAACUCAAGCCUGAAAUCAUUGGUUUGAACGGCAGUUACCAUGGUGACACUAUCGGCGCUAUGGAUGCUUGCGCUCCCAAUGUGUACAACGGUCAAGUACAAUGGUACCAACCAAGAGGUCAUUGGUAUGAUCCACCGACCGUGCAGACUCGACGUGGAAAGGUAGUUGUGACCAUUCCGGAUGAAAUCAAGAGCAAGCAGGACUCUGUCAGUUAUGAAUCCUUGGGAAGUCUGUUUGACCCAGAGCGUCUAGAGAAUGACGAGUUGAAGGAUGUUUAUCAGCGAUUCAUUCGCCAGUCACUGGAAAGCCUUUCAAGUCAAGGUCGUAAGUUUGGCGCAUUACUUAUGGAACCCGUUCUGAUGGGAUCUGGUGGUAUGGUGGUGAGCGAUCCCUUGUUUCAAAAGGCUCUUGUGGACGUCGUCAGAAAGGAUGGAGCCGAGCUGUUAGGUAAUGGUACACAAGGACAAACAGGCGAAUGGCAAGGUUUGCCUAUCGUCAUUGAUGAAGUCUUUGCUGGCAUGUACCGUCUGGGCCGAUCAAGAGCUAGUAGUUACCUUGGUGUGACUCCAGAUAUUGCCGCAUAUGCAAAAGUUUUGACAGGAGGUUUAAUUCCACUUGCCUUGACCAUUACAACCGACUCUAUUUUCAACAACUUCUUGUCAGACAAUAAGGCCGAUUGUUUGUUGCACGGUCACUCCUACACUGCCCAUCCAAUGGGUUGCGCAGUUGCAAAAGCUUCCAUUGACAUUUUGGAACAAUUGAACAGCGAUGGCUCAUGGAGCCACUAUAAGCAGGAUUGGGGAGUCAAGGCGAAUGAAAACAUUUGGUCCAUGUGGAACAAGAACACAGUUGAUUUCCUUUCCCACUUGCCCAAUGUUCAGGGUGUCAAUGCAAUUGGAUCUGUUUUGGCUGUUGAGUUGAAGGAUGCCGAAGGAAGAGGCUACACAUCAGCUGCCUCGGCUAAGAUCAUAGCGAAGAUGAGGAGCCAUGAGUUUGAGCAUACUAAUAUCAACAUGUUUGCUCGCCCACUUGGAAAUGUGAUCUAUGUUAUGGCAUCUCAGAGAACCCGACCUGAACAAAUUAAGGUGCUUGAACAGACGUUGUUGCAGUGCUUAGAAGAGGAGUUGUAAAAUAAAAAGUCAUUCUUUAAUUGCUGCAUUGUGUCAUGACAGCUUUUCUCCCCACUUUGUAUUCAAAAAUAAAAAAUUAUAGACACUCAACACCAAC